AUGCAGCAUCGUGUUUCUAGUCCUCAGGACUGUGUGCACCGAUUCGGAAGGAAACUUAGGGAAGCUGAGCAAAGCAGGGCUGCCCCGGAUCACGGCUUGAGUGUCACUCGGAGGUUUUCCUUUCUCUCGAAGGGCACCGCGACGGAACUGGCCUUAGAGGUGGGGAACGGGACCCAGGCCCCGGAAGACAAAGCCCACGAGCCCCAGGGGCAGGACGACGCCCGACCCGCAAGCGGAGGAAGCGAGCCGCCCCGAGCAGGAGCGCCCGCGCGUCCCGGGGAAGGCCGUCCUUCUGGGAGCAGAGAGGAUGCGGCCAGCGGGGAGAGCCGGAGGGACCUUGUCUCCCUGCAGGGGGCCAGCACCUGCCCUAGCCAGGGUGGCCGAGGCAGCCCGUCCAGCGCCAGGGAAGAGACAGGCGUGCGGCGAGAGAGCGCGCCGUCCCAGCCGCAGGCCGCCCCCCGGAGAGCGCCUGCCGCGGUGGGGGGAGCCUCGGUAGUCGCAUCCGCCGUCCCGGGGAUGAUGCUGGAGGAGGACAGCAGGCCUCUCUCGGCACACCCGCUGAGUUUGUCCUGGGUCUUUGGCUACAACAACAAGCUGCCUGUUUUCAACCUGCUGGAUGAGGACCUCCGAGUGAUUCUGUACGUCUCGGCUCACACGGCUGUAAUCCAUGACGUGCCCAGGUGCAGGCAGUACCUGCUGCAGGGACACACGAGCUGCAUCUCGUGCAUCUGCAUGAGCGACGACCGGAGGUGGAUCGCCACGGCUGACCGGGGUCGCGAGAGCUUGGUGAUCGUUUGGGACAGCUACACGGCGGUUCCUGUGCACACGAUCUUUGACAGCCACCCGGAGGGAGGCAUUGCCGCUAUCGCCAUUUCCCACGAUGCCAAGUUUCUGGCUACCGUCGGGGCCGGAGAAGUGCAGAAAGUCUGCAUUUGGAGGUGGACCUCAGCUGAGACGAGCCCCGUCUGCAGCGUGGAGAUCCUGCCGCAGUUUGGCUUCCAGGGCUACAUCGCGUUUAACCCCCGAGACCACAGGGAGCUGCUCAGCAACAGCACCACCCAGGUCAUCUUCUACCUGUGGGACUGCAGCACCUUGAGCUACCACGCUCCCCUCCUGACAGAGAAGACAUUCAACAAGGCUGUGGGACUCUUCAGCCAGUCCCUGUUUCACUUCAGCUCCACGCAAGCGAUCACCGGCACGCUGGAUGGGAAGGUGGUGGUCUGGGAUGCCGUUUGCUCCCCCUCCAAGAAGAGGACCGCAUGCACGAAACCACACAACAUGAAAGCCGUCAAGGUCAUGCACUUGCAGAAAGAUGGGAUCACCGUCCUUGCCGUCACGGACCACAAUUUUGUGACUUGCGAUGUCAAAGGCCACGUGAAGUUCUACGACGGAGACUUGCAGCUCCUGCACUGGUACAGCCAGUUCAAACUGGGGCCCAUCCAGUCCAUCUCCUUCUCCAAGAAGCCGGCAUGUCCCACGGACAUCACCAAGUAUCCCACUUCCUGCACCUUGACUGGCCACCCCUUCAUUGUCAGGAAUUUUGUGCUCGCCACGACCGAUGCUGUGGUGGUUCACGUCAGGCCGGAGGGGAUGAAGAUCAGCAAGUGCCUGGAGGAGCCCAAGGAGGCCGUGCACGCCCUCGCCUGCCACCCGAGCAAGCCCCUCGUGGCCAAAGGGAGCCACUGCGGCCUCCUCAAAGUCUGGAACCACCAGCUCAACAGAUACCUUGUCAGCCGCAUCUUCAAGGGAGCGUGUCUCCGGAGCCUCUGUUACAACCACGACGGAUCCUUGCUGGCAGCCGGCUUCGGCGACGGGAGCGUCUGCAUCCUCGAUUCUGUCUCUCUGGAAGACGACUGCCCAGAGCCCUUCCAGGGCUCAAGCGGUGCUGUCACGCUCCUUAGCUUCUCCCACGACUCCCAGUACCUCGCCAGUGCAGAUGAAAACGUUUCGGUGACCCUUUUCAAAAGAGUCGCUGCAGGUGAGGAGAAAGUCUGGGAGCGCCUGGCAGCUCUGCACGCUCACUGCAAGCCGAUCCGCACCAUCCUUUUUGGGGUUCAUCUGGACAGCAACGAGCCCCGGCUCUUAAGUCUCGGCGAAGACCGGCUCCUGGUGGAGUACGACCUGCCCCACAGCGUCCAAGACGAGCUGGUGGUGCUCCGGAGGGACCGCAUCGAGCAGAGCGCCAUCCCCAAGUGCAUCGCCUGGUACCCGCCUCUCACGAAGGAGUAUUUUUUCCUCACGGCCAACGAUCACUACAAAAUGAAGCUUUAUAACGUGACUACAAAUUUGUGCAGGAAGACUGUUCUGGGACCAACCUACGGCUCUCCCCUCGAGAAGAUCCUGGUUCUGCCAGCCACGGAGGAGGAUGAUCUGCAGAGUCGGUAUUUGGCCUACAUCACGAAAGAUAAGGUUGGCCUCCAGAUCUUGCCCGUUGACGGGAACCCGCACAAGUCCUCGGCUUUCAUUUGCCACCCAGCAGGUGUCUCCAACCUCGCCUGCUCCUACGACGGGCGCCACCUCUUCACGGCGGGCGGCGAGGACCUGACCGUGAUGAAAUGGGACGUCAAUUUAGACGCUCUGGAAGCCGCUGUCUUUCUGGGUGGUGAAGAUUUGACCCCAUUCUACAAUCUUCUGGAAGGUGGCAGGACGGGCGAGUUCUUCAGGGAGCUAGAAGACUAUUUUUACUAUGCCCAGCUGUGUCACCAAGGCAUUGACACCAUGGAGCCCCGGAAGGUGUCCACACACAUCCCCUUGGAACAAGUGCCCUUUGUCAUGCAGGCAAUGGGGUUUUACCCCUCGGAAGAGCAGAUAGAAGACAUGUUAAACGAGGUCAAGUUCAGCGAAUAUCUGGACACCGGAAAGCAAGUGACCCACAUCAAUUUAGGCGACUUCAUCAAACUGUACGUCAAUCAUCGCCCAGCGUUUGGGCUGGCCGCGAGAGAGAUCCAAAAUGCCUUCCGGGUGUUGGGCUACAAGAACGAGAGCCACGAGCUGGCCCUGGACCGGGAGGAGCUGCUGCUGCUGCUGCAGCACCGAGGAGAGCAUUUCACCGAAGAGGAGCUGGCGGAGCACCUCACCACUCUGCUGGGCCUGAAUCCCGAGGGAGGGCGCUUGGAGGUUGGCGCUUACGACCCCACAGGUGCAGAUGCCUUUAUUGAAGCAGAAAUUCCAGAGGAAAUUACGGCUGCACAUUUCACGAAGGAUAUUCUUGGGUUGCCUGUUCCUGACCCAGUUCCAGCAGAGGCAGAAGGCCCAAAUGAACCCGUAAACAUUGUUUUGUCAUCGAAGUCUGUAUAACUUCUCAUGGUUCCCAGUUUUUUCCCCUUAUUUGGUGUAACUGCCUUGUUUACCCUGAAGUCCUUUUAGAAAUAGUUGGGGCAGUGGGUGGUUAAUGCAAUGCAAUUGCAGCUUGCCUGGCAGAGUAUCAACCAGAGUAUCUGAAUGUCAAAAAAUAAUUCCAGGUUGGUCUAGAGUAAAUUGAUUCUGGAGCCAGUCUCCCAACUCA